CGGUGGUUCUGUGCUGGGCUGAGGCGGCGAGGACUUUAGUCCCCGUGGGCCCUGGGCGUACCCUGGGGCCCCUUUGGGAGAAAGAGGCGGGGGCUCGACUUCGAGGCCAGGCGCCGGCGGGGCUGGCCUUCGGCGCCCGCGGUCGGCACUCCACCCACACCCGCUCUGAGGUAGCUGCGGCGAGUCCCGCCAGGCCCGACGGCUCCGGGCGGGACGCCGGCCGGGCCGAGCCGACCUUCGGCCUCUGACCCCCAACCCUGUGCGCCGCUCCUCCGUUGCGAGCGGGCCCCUCCACGGCCGGGCCCGGUUUCCCGGGGACGCGUUUCCCACCGCACCGCUGGCUGGCCGAACCACCCCGGCGGAGGCUCACUUCCGGCGGCCCCGGGGUGGCGGCCUCACGACAGACACGGCGCGAGCCCUGAGCUGCACCCCGCCCCGGGGAGCCCCGGCCGCCGGCUCCGAAGGCCCAGCUGCGACCGGGAAGGAGUCGCAGCCCCGCCGGGCGGCCAGGCUCGUGCAGGGCACAGGCCACCGCCUAUUCAAUCGCGGUGCAGAAAGAUGGUUCCAGCGAGGUUGACUGGCCAGUCACGGAUGAGAUAUGCCAAAGGGGGCCUCUGUUCCUCCCACCUGCCUGAGGAGUAAGAACCGUUUCUGUGAGGAAGGUAAUGCUGUAUUUUCAGUUCGUCGUUGACAGAGGUGGCCCAGAGUGAGACUCUCAAAGCACUGUUACACAGAACACCUGACACCCACAGGAGGGCACAGAGGGCUGGGCAGGUGACCACCCUGGGCCCCAUGGUGGGCGGGGAGGGCAGGCCUGGUUGCAGAUCUCCAGUGAUGUUGCCACAGGGUGGUCUGCCUUGGUAGGGGUCCCUGUGUCUUGUGGGUGACAGCAUCCUUUUAUGGUAGCCUGCUGUGGGCCAGGCGUCCACUAGGACAUUGCAUUCACUAUUUCAUUUACUCUUGACACCAGUCCUGACCGGCAAACGUCUCAAUCCCGCUAACAAAUGAAGGGUUAAAGCCCGGAGAGGUUGAGUGACUUGCCCAAGGUCUCUGCUGGAAGGUGACGGCAGUGGGGUUUCAGCUCUUGGCCUGCACCGAUACCUUUAGUGUCCACGUUUGUGACGCUUGGCUGUCAGUGGAGUGGCCUUGAGGAGAAUUAGCGCUUAGCCUUUGAGAUUGAUUUUAUGCCUGCCUCGGCUCUCCAUUGGCGGUGGCUGAGCCCUGGUCUUCUCCCCCUUCAGUGUGGAGACAAUGCCAAAGCUGCAGGGUUUUGACUUCUGGAGCCGCACCCUAGGGGGGGCCCGCCACGUGGUGGCCCCCAUGGUGGACCAGAGCGAGCUGGCCUGGAGGCUGCUGAGCCGUCGCCACGGGGCCCAACUCUGCUACACUCCCAUGCUGCAUGCCCAAGUCUUCGUCCGCGAUGCCAAUUACCGGAAAGAGAAUCUGUACUGUGAAGUGUGCCCCGAGGACCGGCCUCUCAUUGUGCAGUUCUGUGCCAAUGACCCAGAGGUGUUCGUCCAGGCAGCUCUCCUGGCUCAGGAUUAUUGCGACGCCAUAGACCUGAAUUUGGGUUGCCCGCAAAUGAUAGCCAAGCGAGGUCACUACGGUGCCUUCCUACAGGAGGAGUGGGACCUGCUCCAGAGAAUGAUUCUUCUAGCCCACGAGAAACUCUCUGUGCCCGUCACAUGCAAAAUCCGUGUCUUCCCAGAGAUUGACAAGACUGUGAGGUAUGCCCAGAUGCUGGAGAAAGCAGGCUGCCAGUUGCUGACUGUGCACGGGCGCACCAAGGAGCAGAAGGGGCCUCUGUCGGGUAUCGCAUCCUGGGAGCACAUCAAGGCUGUGCGGAAGGCAGUGGCCAUCCCUGUGUUUGCCAACGGGAACAUCCAGUGCCUGCGGGACGUGGAGCGCUGCAUCCAGGACACAGGGGUGCAGGGGGUCAUGAGUGCAGAGGGCAACCUGCACAACCCCGCCCUGUUCGAGGGCCGCAGCCCUGCCGUGUGGGAGUUGGCCGAGGAGUAUCUGGACAUUGUGCGGCAGCACCCCUGCCCCCUGUCCUACGUCCGGGCCCACCUCUUCAAGCUGUGGCACCACACGCUGCAGGUGCAUCAGCAGCUUCGAGAGGAACUCGCCAAAGUGAAGACCCUGGAGGGUGUCGCUGCAGUGUGCCAGGAGCUGAAACUGCGGUGUCAGGAGGAUAUAUCUAGGCAGAAGGAGGGAGAGAAGCCUUCGGGUGGCUUGCCUUUCUUCCACUGGAUCUGCCAGCCCUACUUCCGGCCAGGGCCCAGGGAGGGGAGCAAGGAGAACAGGGGUGCCUGUGGCAAGCGGGCCCUGGAGGAGGAGGAGGGCAGCACGGAUGUCCUGUCCAAGAACAAGCAGAAGAAACAACUGAGGAAUCCCCACAAGACCUUUGACCCCUCGCUGAAGCCGAAAUAUGCAAAGUGUGAUCAGUGUGGAAACCCAAAGGGCAACAGAUGUGUGUUUAACCUGUGCCGGGGCUGCUGCAAGAAGCGAGCUUUCAAAGAGACCGCAGACUGCCCAGGUCACGGAUUGCUUUUUAAAACCAAAUUGGAGAAGUCUCUGGCAUGGAAGGGGGCCCAGCCCCGGCCACAGGAGCCUCAGCAGGCAGGGCCUGGGGAACCAGGCAACUUCUUCCCCGAGGUCACUGGCAGUGCCCUGGCCUGAGGGCACCGGGAGCCUAAUGUGCCAUCCCACUGAGCCCCAGGAGUGCUGCCGAAGCCUCGACACAUCCCACUUAAGGAAACGCCUUUACUCAGGGAAUCUCCUGCUACUUAACUUAGAAGGGCAAGCUGGUCUUAUCCUCAGCCCACACUGGGGGCCUGGAAAUGCUGCACUAGGGAGUAGGCUCGCAGGCUGGACCUGCCCUGUCCUCCAGACUUGUGUGUGUUAAAAAGCGAACAAUAAAUCAUUUCAAAGACGCGCAUGCAUAGAG